AUGGAAGAGCAGACCACGGCUCUGCUCUGGAUACAUGCUAACAGUACACAGUAUGUAAAUAGUACAGAGGAGUACAACACCACAGAGGUGACCGAGGACCCUGAUAAAUACCAGGCCUACAUUAUUGGCCUCUUCCUGUCAUGUCUGUACACUGUCCUGCUGUUCCCCAUCGGAAUUAUUGGGAACAUCUUAAUCCUAGUAGUUAAUUUGAACCACAGAGAGAAGAUGACCAUCCCAGACCUAUACUUUGUAAAUCUUGCAGUAGCUGAUCUCAUCUUGGUAGCAGACUCCCUCAUUGAAGUUUUCAACCUGAAUGAGAAGUAUUAUGACUAUGCUGUUCUGUGCACCUUCAUGUCUCUAUUUCUUCAGGUCAACAUGUACAGCAGUAUCUUCUUCCUCACCUGGAUGAGCUUUGACCGCUACGUAGCAUUAGCCAGCUCAGUGAGCAGCAGCCCUUUGAGAACUAUGCAGCAUGCCAAACUGAGCUGUGGUCUGAUCUGGAUGGUGUCCAUCUUGGCCACUCUGCUGCCUUUCACUAUAGUGCAGACCCAGCACCGAGGAGAGCUCCAUUUCUGCUUUGCUAAUGUGUUUGAAAUCCAGUGGCUGGAGGUCACUAUUGGCUUUUUGGUGCCUUUCUCAAUUAUUGGCCUAUGCUACUCUUUGAUUGGUCGAAUCCUAAUGAAAUCCCAGAAGCAUGGUGGACUGUGGCCUCGGCGACAGAAGGCAUUGCGUAUGAUUGUGGUGGUAGUGCUGGUGUUCUUCAUCUGUUGGCUGCCUGAGAACGUCUUCAUUAGUAUCCAGUUGCUGCAGGGCACAGCGGACCCUGCCCACAGGACUGACCCUCACUUGUGGCAUGACUACCCCCUCACUGGACACAUCGUCAACUUAGCUGCCUUUUCCAACAGCUGCCUCAACCCCAUCAUCUACAGCUUUCUGGGUGAAACUUUCAGGGACAAGUUGAGGCUUUUUGUCAAGCAGAAGGCCGACUGGUCUGUGGUGAAUAGCUUCUGCAGAAACAGUUUGAGCCUUCGCAUGUCUGUCCGGAGCGACGUGACCCAAGUGUGA